UGUCAAUCGUGGAUUACAACCAUGGCUGCCAUUAGAAAAAAACUUGUCAUUGUCGGCGACGGUGCCUGCGGAAAAACUUGUCUGCUCAUUGUGUUUUCCAAAGAUCAAUUCCCUGAAGUAUAUGUACCUACUGUGUUUGAGAACUAUGUAGCUGAUAUAGAAGUCGAUGGCAAACAAGUAGAACUAGCACUGUGGGAUACAGCGGGUCAAGAAGAUUAUGAUAGACUAAGACCAUUGUCGUAUCCUGACACGGAUGUUAUCCUUAUGUGUUUCUCCAUAGAUUCACCAGAUUCAUUAGAGAAUAUCCCAGAGAAAUGGACACCAGAGGUAAAA